CUAUAGUAGUACUUUGUCUAUAGUACUAUGUUAUAAAGUUAUAAACAAAGUACAAGAUCACUGUGGCACAUCUAUAGUCCACCGCAGUACUGACGUGGACUGUCUUCUUCUUUGCCUCAACAGACAGAUCAAGUUUUGUCGGAGGGGGGGCGUGGAGGGGGUUGGGGAGGGGUUGGGGAGGGGUUGGGGAGGGGUUGGGGAAGAAGAAUAAAGAGGGAACUAAGAUGACGGUCGCCAAGGGUGAUGCCGGCAUGGCAUUUUUGUUGACAGCAACCGCUGGAUUGGCAACCGUCUUAGGAGCCUGCAUGGUAUUUUUUGCUAAAUUGGCGAAUAGGGGGACGUUGGCAGUGUCAUUGGGGCUGGCGGCAGGUGUGAUGCUAUUCAUUUCUUUCUACGACCUUCUCGCCCUCGCAUCCAUCCGAGCGUUUAGUGAUGGAGGGCUAGAGGAUAAGUUUGCACAGUUGUAUGCCAUGCUAUCUUUUUUCGGUGGCGUCAUCUUUCUUCAUAUCAUCGAUUGGAUCCUCCACGGUCUUGCGGAUUGCACGGCGGGGGAGAAACGGCCGGGAGGGGUGCCGUCGCUGUCAGCUGCUCAUGGCCACGGCACAAGUCUGCCCUCCUGGAUGCUGCCUGACGACGAGAAGGCUGCGAUUUUGCAGGCUGUCCCCACCCUGCCCUGUGCGGAACAACCAGAAGUCGCAGAACACGGAGGUAUGGACGUCGAGAGCGGUCAGUGUCCGCAGCCAGCAACGGCGACCGGUCGCCACUUACCUCAGUCGAACAAAAGAGCAUCCACCUCGCCGCCGAGCACAACAACGUUGUUUCUGACCAGCCCGCCGGCAGGAAGCCUUGAGCAUGCCGCCGGGACCACCACAGAAAGGGCCAGUUCCACGGCGACAGCCCCUGCUGCUGCUGCACCUCAGGUCCCUGACAAGCAAGGAAGGGCACGCCUCCUCCGGACCGGGUUACUUACGGCUGUCGUUAUCGGGAUCCACAACUUUCCGGAAGGAAUCGCGACCUUCGUCUCCUCGUUGAAGGACGUGAAGCUUGGAGCGUCAAUGUGCAUUGCAAUUGCUUUGCACAACAUACCAGAAGGCAUCUGUGUAUCCAUGCCCGUGUUCUACGCGACUGGCAGCAAGAAGAAAGCCUUCUUCUGGGCCUUCUUGUCGGGCAUGGCAGAACCCUUGGGAGCACUACUGGCGUAUAUCGUCCUGGCAAAUGUUAUGAAUAACGUUGCGUUCGGUAUUCUGUUCGGAGGCGUAGCAGGAGUAAUGGUCAGCAUCGUCUUGGUAGAGCUUCUUCCGGCAGCAAGGAAGUACGAUCCCGAGGACAAAUACGUGAGCACCAGCCUCUUUGUUGGCAUGGCGGUGAUGUCCGCAAGCCUUAUUCUCUUCAAAUUCUCUUCGUGACUUGCUGCCAAGCUCAUUGGAAUUCUUCUCAGGCCACACUCACACCAUGACCGGAAUUGCGCCGUGACC